AUGGCUAAGAAGCUGGAAGAUAUGUCUGACAAGAGUUUUAGGGCUAAUAAUGAGGUUAACACUAAGGAAGAGUGUAAAGCUAUUGUAAGUGCAGAUGUUGAGAGGGUGGAUGAAAAGAAAGAGAGAGUUGAGAUUGGUGAUCUUGAAGUCAAACCAACAAAGGUGACUUUGCUAAAGGCUGAUGGAUCUUCCAAGAAACCCUAUGGUGUGGCGGAAGAUGUGGUGGUUUGCAUAGACAAACUAAAAUUCCUGGUAGAUUUUGUGUUGAUGGACAUGAAGGAGGAUGAGAAGGUCCCAAUCAUUCUUGGAAUACCAUUUAUGAAAACGGCAAAAGUAAUUAUCAAUGUGGAUGAUGGGAUGAUAGGCUUCAAGACUGGGGAGAAAAGGUGA